GUUAUUGCAUUAUUUAUUAAUAGUAACAAAUAUAUAAUGUCUCGAAUAUUUAUUGGUGGCCUUCCUGAUGAUGCGUCUCGAACAGAGCUAGAAAGAGAGUUUGAACAUUUCGGAAGUAUGCGUGAAGUUUGGGUUGCUCGAAAUCCACCAGGUUUUGGUUUUAUUGUUUUUGAUGAUCCUCGUGAUGCUGAAGAUGCAAUAAGAGAAAUGGAUGGAAGGCGUGUUUGUGGAAUGCGUGUUAGAGUUGAAAAGGCUAGAGGUCCAAAUUCAAAUAAUCGUAAUCGUUCAAGUGCACAAAAUGAAAAAUGUUAUAAUUGUGGAAAAAUUGGUCAUCUUUCAAGGGAUUGCCGAAGCAGACCAGCAGAGCGUGGAUAUAGUCGUAGACGAUCCAGAUCUGGAUCACGUAAUAGAAGGCGUCAAAGGUCAUAUAGUCGAUCUCGUAGUAAAGAAAGGUCUCGAAGAUCGCGAUCUGGAUCAAAAGACCAUAAAAGAACACAAUCUCCAGAAAAAAGAAGAUCUGCAUCUCAAGAUGAUACAUUUAAUAAAAAAUCUCCUAAACAAAAGUCCAAGUCUCGCUCACGAGAACGUAGUAGUAGGCGUCAAAGAUCACGAUCCCCUUCUAAAGGCAAAUCAAGAGAUCAAGCACAAAGAUCAAGAUCUCGCUCUCGUGGUGAAUCAAGAGAACGCAAAAGAUCUGUUUCAGAUGAAAGACAGUCACCUGUUAAAGAUAAGCGUUCCCGUAGUCGAUCUCAAUCGAAUCAUUCUGACAGGGGAAAUAACCAAGAACAUAGCGAUGAAGAUCAUUAGCUGUUUCACAACAGUAAAUAAUAAACAUUGUUAAAGUCGAUUAUUUUCAGAGUAUGAUGCUAUUCGAAAAAGCUGUUAAAAUUUUGUGUAAAAAGUAGAUAGUCUUUUAUAAAAAGCGUUUCACUUUUUUUUU